CGUUCUCUCGGCUAUUUUUUUCAUCAUUAUUAAAUUAGUUGUUUCCAAAUCGUGUUGGUGCGUGUACCUACCUGCAAAUAAUUACAUUACUUACGUCUUUAACUUUUAAGCUUUAUAGCAAUAAUCUAUAAUUUUAUAACAUAAUACAAAUCUUAAUGAUUUGCUAAUUUUUUAAGUUCUUUUCCAUUAAUCAUUUUAAGUUGUGGUAUUUUGUUAAAACUAUGUUAAAGACUUGCUUCGGAUGUUGUCCAUUACACCAUGGCGUCAGUGCGAUUGCAAUUAUAAACAUAGUUUGGAAUAUUACGGAAGCGUUAAAACACAUUUAUCACCGUAAUGAACAGUAUGAACGAUUCAAGUGGGUUAUCAAUUCAAAUGGCAAUAAUGCUUCUGCUAAUACCCUCAAUACCUUUGACAAUAGCACUGCAGACGAUGAGUCUGCUGAUUACUGGUCGGAUAUUGAAAGAAUUCCUGUGAUGAGUGGAAUAUACAUGGAUUACGUAUUCAUAAUAACAAUCAGUUGGGUCGUUUUGGAAUUCAUCUCGAAUUGCUGUCUCAAGCAAUCCACCUUCAAACGUGCUCCUCAAAAAAUCUACCUGUGGCUAGUAAUUUAUUACGGGAAUUUAAUGUUUAUGGUAUUGCACUUGCUCCAUUACUUAAUAUUGAUGAUGAGACAUUCAAUUCUGAUACAUACACUAUUCACAAUGAUGCAACAACAUUUUGGACAUUUUUUUGUGAAAUUGAUAUACAUUGCUAUUAUAAGUCUUGAAAUCGUAAUAAUUCACUCGUACUAUAUUGCUGAAGAAAAAAAUAUGCUGAAUGACAUAGUACAACUCAAAUGGAAAUAUGUAUCACGAGGAGAAGUGGUGUCUAAAGGCGUCGAUUAUUCUUCGUCGUCAGCUUUCAAUGAAAGAACUUCGGGCCAAACCCAAGAAGGAUCUAGAGUGCCACCGUACAUAACCAAUAUUAUACAGAACUAAUUAUGCUACCACAUUUUAAACAUAACUUCAUGCGCAACAAAUAGAAUUGACAAAAAUGCAUAUUAUCAUGUUGCAUUUUAAAAAGUAUUUAUUUUUUAUA